UCAGAUACUACCCACUUGCUGCGCUUACAGACCAUACAGAUACGCUUAGAUUCAAACUGAAACUUCUGUUUUUUUAGUGGGUUUGAAUACUGUGAGUAAAUAGUAUAGUUUAGCGACACGUUCAGCUUAAAUCUUAAAAUGUGCUUUCAUUUUCUUCUUUGUUUUUUGCUGUUGUCUUUUUCUGCACAGUUUCCAGCUCUCUAAAAUGAACACGACUGAGGAAGUGACCUUUUUUAUUAUUGAGGGAUUCAAAGAGAGAAAAUUGAUUCUGUUUACUAUUUUCUUGCCAGUGUAUGUUCUGAUACUGGUUGGAAACAGUAUGAUUAUAUAUCUGGUCAGAACCGACUCAAAGCUGAAUUCACCCAUGUACUUUUUCCUUCACAAUCUUUCCUUCUCUGAUUUAAUCUACACAACAACUACAGUCCCCAACAUGCUUUCAGGAUUUCUAGUGGAAGUGAAGACCAUUUCCAAGGCAGGCUGCUUUACACAACUGUAUAUUUUUCUUACACUGACUGUUACAGGACGUAGUUUGCUAACAGUGAUGGCUUUUGACCGAUACAUUGCCAUCUGUAACCCGUUACGCUACACGUCCAUCAUGACCAGGAAAGUUCGUUAUUUGCUGAUACUCGCAGCGUGGGCUUUCGGAGCGUUAAUUUCUUGUCCGGCUUUCUUUUUAGCAGUGCCUCUACCCUUCUGUGGACUGAACGUAAUUAAGCACAUAUUCUGUGAUCAUGCCUCAGUUAUACGCCUGGCCUGCACUGAUAUUACAAGAAAUAAUGUUGUGGGACUAUUUUUUGCUUUAAUUGCCCUUAUUUCCACUUUCCUGCUGAUUCUCACAUCAUACGUUUUAAUUGGGAAAGCCAUCAGCAAAAUGGGCUCCGUUGAAAGAAUGAAGGCUGCUGCUACUUGUGUGUCUCACCUGAUAGUCGUAGGUAUCUCUUACAUAUCUGCUACCUGUGUGUACAUCUCCUACAGAGUGCCCUCAUUUGAUGCUGAAGCACGUUUGCUGAUUGCUUUGCUUUACUCUGUUCUGACGCCCCUGCUGAACCCCUUCAUUUACAGCCUGAGGAAUAAAGAGCUGCAGAAUGCGAUGAAGAGAGCCUUCUGCAGAAGCACUUCAGGCUCAAAUGUGGCCAGAAAAACUGUGCCAUCUACCAUCAUGAAAUAGAUAUAGCAGGUUGAGAGAAAGAUGCUUAAUAUGGUACUGAAAUAUUCUUUUCUAGUGUCAAAUACAGGUACUAAAAUAUUUUUUACGUUUCACAGCUGACUACUAUCAAAACACUGUAAUCUGUAUCUUAAUCUGCUGGUAGAAUCUACUGUUUAUUAUUAUGUUAGAUGUGACAAACUAUAUGUAAUCCAUUACUACUUGAUUAUUUGUACAUGUGUAUGAUUACAUAAUUACUGGAGACACUGAUUGCAGCACAUUAAAAGUCAUAUAUAUCAAUA